AUGUUUCUUUUGUUUCCCAGAGGUUUGAGUCCAGCAAAUGACAGUGGAGCCAAAAAGAAGAAAAAGAAACCCAAAAGGAAGAAAGGAGGAGAUCAGCUGGACCAGACUCAGGACCAGGCCAUGAAGAUGAACUCUUUACCUGCUGAGAGGAUCCAGGAGAUUCAAAAAGCCAUCGAGCUCUUCUCUGUAGGUCAAGGUCCUGCCAAAACCAUGGAGGAGGCCAGCAAGAGGAGCUACCAGUUCUGGGACACGCAGCCAGUGCCCAAGCUAGGAGAAGUGGUGAACACCCAUGGUCCUGUUGAGCCAGACAAAGACAACAUCCGCCAGGAGCCAUACACCUUGCCCCAGGGCUUCACCUGGGAUGCUCUGGACCUCGGGGACAGGGCUGUGCUGAAGGAGCUGUACACGCUCCUGAACGAGAACUACGUGGAGGACGACGACAACAUGUUCCGCUUCGACUACUCCCCCGAGUUCCUGCUGUGGGCCCUGCGUCCCCCAGGCUGGUUGCCCCAGUGGCACUGUGGGGUCAGGGUUGUCUCCAGCAAGAAGCUGGUUGGAUUUAUCAGCGCAAUUCCGGCCACCAUCCACAUCUACGACACAGAGAAGAAGAUGGUGGAGAUAAACUUCCUGUGUGUCCACAAGAAGCUGCGCUCCAAGCGGGUGGCUCCGGUCCUGAUCCGCGAGAUCACGCGGCGGGUUCACCUGGAGGGGAUCUUCCAGGCUGUGUACACAGCAGGGGUGGUGCUGCCCAAGCCUGUGGGGACUUGCAGGUACUGGCACCGCUCCCUGAACCCUCGGAAGCUCAUUGAGGUCAAAUUUUCCCACCUGAGCAGGAACAUGACUAUGCAACGUACCAUGAAGCUUUACCGGUUGCCUGAGACUCCCAAGACCCCCGGCCUGCGGCCCAUGGAGCCCCGAGACGUCCCGGCCGUGCACCAGCUCUUGACCCAGUACCUGCAGCUGUUCCACCUGACGCCCAUCAUGAGCAGGGAGGAGGUGGAGCACUGGUUCUUACCUCAGGAGAACAUCAUCGACACCUUUGUGGUAGAGAGCUCCCCUGGGCAGGUGACAGACUUCCUGAGCUUCUACACGCUGCCCUCCACCAUCAUGAACCACCCGACCCACAAGAGCCUCAAAGCUGCUUAUUCCUUCUACAACGUCCACACCAAGACCCCCCUCAUCGACCUCAUGAGCGACGCGCUCAUCCUCGCCAAGUCGAAAGGAUUUGACGUCUUCAAUGCACUGGAUCUGAUGGAAAACAAAACCUUCCUGGAGAAGCUGAAGUUUGGGAUUGGGGACGGGAACCUGCAGUAUUACCUGUACAAUUGGAAGUGUCCCAGUAUGGCACCAGAAAAGUGUAAGGAAGCUGGGACACGGGAGCUGCUGCCCUGUGCCAUCAGUGUCACCCCACGGGUGUCACCCCACCAGCUCCAGGACUUCAGCAUCUCCAGCCACCCCAGAGUCUCCAUCAGGAACCUCCAAGCAUCCCUGUCCCCUGGGGGUCACAGCCAGGGAGGGGAGGAGCAGGGCAUGUCAGCAGAUGGGGUGGCACUAGGGGACACGGAGGUGGCACCAGGGGACACGGGGGUGUCCCUGCCCCCUCGGGUCCCCUAG